AACACUUCCAGUUGCUUCUACAGCGUAUGCACCACUUGCUUCAGGAGGGCUGGCCACUCGUCCUGGACCAUCUAGUAUGUCUCCCCUCCUUGCCCUCGGCAUUUCAGACACCAUAAUGAGGCAUGCCGAAAAUUGCCUUCUCCUGGGCCCCAAACUUCUCGUAACGAUGCGAAAUGAGUCAGCUAGCCCCUUUAUCCCAGCUAGCACGACUCCUGGGGGCUGUUAG